GCGGGCGCGUGUGUGAGACGGUCUGCUUCGGUUGCGUAGCUACUGCUGCAGCUCUCGGCAGAAGCGCGCGCUACGUGCUACAUUGCUCCACCAGCCGCGCGUGCAGUCGCGACAUUGGCGUGAAGAAGGAGGAGAAGAAGAGGAAGAAGAAGAAGAAGAAGAAGAAGAGGAGGAGGAGGAAGAAGAAGAAGAAGAAGAGCGCCUCGUACCGGCGCCGAGCCACCGAGCGACCCGAUGAAGAGCCGCCCGUUACACACGCGCUGCUAGGCGGAAGGAAAUUCUAUCCGCGAUGUCCAAGAGCCUGAAGAAGAAAAACCACUGGACGAACAAAGUCCACGAAGCGGUGCUCACCCGCAACAAGGAGGGCGAGCUGGGCUUCGAGCUGCGCGGCGGCGCCGAGAACGGUAAUUUCCCUUACUUCGGAGAGGUGAAGCACGGAAAGGUGGCCAUCCAGAGCGGCAAGCUGUGCGCCGACGAGCUGCUGCUGGAGGUCAACGACACGCCGGUGGCUGGCCUCACCACCCGGGACGUGCUGGCCGUCAUCAAGCACUGCAAAGACCCGUUUCGCCUCAAGUGUGUGAAGCAAGGAGGCGUCGUAGAUAAAGACCUUCGCCAUUACCUUAACCUCCGAUUCCAGAAAGGAUCAGUGGACCACGAGCUCCAGCAGAUUAUACGGGAUAACCUCUACCUCCGCACUGUGCCCUGCACCACGCGACAACCGAAAGAGGGAGAGGUCCCAGGCGUGGACUACAACUUUGUGAGUGUCGACCGGUUUAUGGAAUUAGAGAAAAGUGGGGCUUUACUAGAGAGUGGAACAUAUGAAGAUAACUUCUAUGGCACGCCCAAACCCCCGGCAGAGCCCACGCACAUGCUGUUUAAUGUGACUGACCAGCUGCUGCCAGGUGCUCGCCCCAGUGCUGAGGGGAAGAGGAAGAGGAACAAGUCAGUGAGCAACAUGGAGAAGGACAGCAUCGAGCCUCCCGAGGAAGAGGAGGAGGAGAGCCCUGUCGUUAACGGCAACGGCAUUGCUAUCACGCCAGAAUCAAGUGAGCACGAAGACAAGAGCACUGAUGCGUCAGGCGACGUGCCCCCGCAGUCAUGCCCUGCUGAGACACCCACCCUGACAGGCACAGACGCCCCUGAAGAGGAGCACGAUGCCCCCAAAUCCCCGGCCGACUCACAGGGCAACGACGAGCUCGGCCCGCUACCCGACAACUGGGAGAUGGCCUAUACCGAGAAAGGAGAAGUCUACUUCAUCGAUCACAACACCAAAACAACAUCAUGGCUUGAUCCUCGAUUAGCCAAGAAGGCCAAACCGCCAGAGGAAUGUGAGGACGACGAGCUGCCGUAUGGCUGGGAGAAAAUAGACGACCCUAUAUAUGGCAGUUACUACGUGGACCACAUUAACAGGAGGACGCAGUUUGAAAACCCCGUCCUGGAGGCCAAACGAAGAAUCCAGCAGCAGCAGCAAAUGCAGAGCCAAGGCCUGUCAUCCCUGCCGCUGCCCACUAUCUACAGAGAGAAGCCUCCGUUCACGCGAGAUGCCACCCAGCUGAAAGGCACAUUUCUGUCCACGGCACUGCAGAAGAGCAACAUGGGUUUCGGCUUCACCAUCAUCGGCGGAGACGAACCGGACGAGUUCCUGCAAGUGAAGAGUGUCAUUCCAGACGGCCCAGCGGCGCAGGAUGGCAAGAUGGCCACCGGCGAUGUGAUCGUCUACAUCAAUGACAUCUGCGUCUUGGGCACCACCCAUGCAGAUGUGGUCAAGCUCUUUCAGUCGGUGCCCAUCGGCCAGAGCGUGACCCUCGUGCUGUGCCGAGGCUACCCGCUGCCCUACGACCCCGAAGAGCCGUCGGCCAGCUCAACGGUGCCCCCUCUGGGCCUGGUGGAUCCCUCGCUCCUGCUCAACGGACGCAGCACCUAUGAUAACUACAUGGAGUACAUGUCUCUGACGGGGCGUCUGCUUCCUGAGCACGGAGACGCUCUGUCCCAGGUGUCCCAUCCUGGAGACACACACCUGGACGGAUCACAGCCACCGUCCCUCAACACACCGGGGCCUCUGCAUGAAGAUGCCAUCUCCAUGGCGUCAUCGUCCGGGGCAACAGCCGGCGCCCAAGCAGCACCAGAGAUUCUGAGCCUCACCAUGACCAAAGGAGCUGAGGGUUUCGGGUUCACCAUCGCAGACAGUCCGACAGGCCAGCGGGUCAAACAGGUGCUGGAGCCGCAGGGGUGUCCGGGCCUGUGUGAAGGGGAUCUGAUAGUGGAGAUUAACCAGCAGGGGCUGCAGGGCCUCAACCACUCACAGGUGGUGCAGAUCCUGAAGGACUGUGCUGUGGGGACCGACGCCACUCUCGUCAUCCAGAGAGGAGGAGGAGCAGGACACUUCUCUUCUUGGGAUGGUGCCAAACAGUGGGACCCCCAGGGAAGCCCCCAGACCGGCCUCUCAGCCCCCGGCCUCCCCCACACCGCUGCUCACGUGGGCCAAACGCUCCACUGCACAUCAGCCCCUGACCCAGACGGAGCUCACCUCAGCAAACCCGACCCCUACGACCUCUACGAGAAAUCUCGAGCUUUAUAUGAGAGCAGGCAGCCUGGCCCACCACGAACGCUGACUGACUCUACAGGUGUGGAGUACCAGGAGGUAGAAGUUCACCUGCUGAGAGAGAAGACGGGCUUCGGCUUCCGCAUCCUCGGAGGAGACGAGGCGGUGCAGGCUGUGAGUCCGGAGGCUCGUGACAAGAUCGUAAUUGGAGCGAUUAUCGAGAACAGCCCGGCAGAGCGGGAUGGGCGUCUGCGCCCGGGUGACGAGCUGGUGUCUGUGGACAGAAUGCCGGUGGCGGGUCGACCGCACAGCUACGUCAUCGACCUCAUGCAUGCAGCGGCACGCAACGGCCAAGUGACGCUUACUGUGAGACGCAGAGUUGUGCCUCAUCCCGGCCAGCCCUGUGGAGAGAACGGAUCAGCAGCCAAUCAGAGCAGCUCUCCCCGAGGCCGAGGAGUGUGUCCAGUCAACCUGCCGCCCACCACUGAUGUAGUCAUCCACCGCAAAGAGACUGAAGGCUUCGGCUUCGUCAUCAUCAGCUCCCUGAACAGACCGGAGAACACCACCACAAUCUCUGUGCCACACAAAAUCGGCCGCAUAAUCGAGGGUAGUCCGGCUGACCGCUGCGGGAAGCUGAAGGUUGGCGACCGCAUCAUGGCUGUCAACAAUCAGUCUAUUAUCAACAUGCCUCAUGCUGACAUUGUGAAGCUGAUCAAAGAUGCAGGACUCACUGUUACUCUGCACAUCAUCCCCGAGGAAGAUGUAAAUGGCCCCCACUCUGGCCCUACCUCAGAGAAACAGAGCCCCCUGGUGGUUCAGAAGCAGAGCCCUUCAACCUCUGCAAGUCAGCCGAGUCCCAGCGUGGCCAACCCAAGCCCCCCAGCCCCCCACCCGAGCCCCGCCACCACACAAUCCAGCCCCCAGCGAAUGGAGCCAAGUCCUGCAGGAGCACAGAGCACCACACCGGUGACUCAGGCCAACCAGCCCGCUAGUCAGCCCAGCCUUGAGGCAGUGCACUCAGGCCUGAUGGUGAGUCAGGCAGGACCGGCUGGGGAUCAGAGUGUCCCUGUACCAACCGUUCAAGCCGUCCCGGUUGUUUCGGGUGUCCCGGUUGUUCAAGGAAUCCCGGUGAUCCCGGGUGUCCCAGCUGUUCAGCUUACCACCAUGGGUGGGGUGCCAGUCGCAGUGCCACCACAGCUCUACCUCCAUGACAGCAGCUACAGGUCGGAGGUAAAAGCCAGACAGGAUGUUAAACCAGAUAUCUGCCAGCCACCGUACACAGACUACAGACAGCCUCCAGUGGACUACAGACAUCCACCAGUAGCAGACUACAGACAGCCUCCGACUAUGGAUUACAGACACCCGCCUCCUCUCAUCGACUACAGACAGCAUUCAAUCCCAGAUUACAGGCCACAGGACUACGACUAUUUCACAGUGGAGCUGGAGAAGAGCGUGAAGGGCUUUGGCUUCAGCAUCAGAGGAGGGAGGGAGUACAAGAUGGACCUGUUUGUGCUCCGUCUCGCUGAGGACGGCCCAGCUAUCCGCAACGGCAGGAUGAGGGUGGGUGAUCAGAUUAUUGAGAUAAAUGGCGAGAGCACACGGGACAUGAGUCACGGCCGGGCCAUCGAGCUCAUCAAGGCGGGCGGCCGACGAGUGCGUCUGCUGCUCAAGCGGGGCACGGGGCAGGUGCCUGAAUAUGGAAUGGUACCUUCCAACCUUUCCAUGUGCAUGAAAAGCGACACUCUUGCCUCUCCCUAUUUCUUCAUAAUGGGACACUCUAAAGACACGACGGUGCCACCUCCUGGAGUUCUGACCCUCCAGCCCCCGCUGCCUUGCCGGAAGUAGCGUGGCCCCGUUAAUCGACUUGAGCCCUUUGUCAUUGCCCAUCAUCUCACCCAGCCCUGCCCCCUGGUGCCUCGUGCCACGCCCCCCCCUCCCCCCUCCACAGGCACUGCAUGAUGGGCCUGGACCAGACAUGGUGCUCACUGGAGGCCAGCUUAGCUCGGUGCCACCAGCAUUGUAGAGUUGCACACAGAGGUGGGGUGGCAGGUCCAUCCAGAAGAGCUAUGUAUGAACGGGAUGGAAAGUCCUGGGAAAGGAUAAACAGUGUCUGGUUUGAAGUCAGUGGAUGAAUGCCAGUCAUGGAUUGUCUGAUCCAGGUUUUUUUACGAUAAUGAAAACACGGAGGGGCCACCAGGCCCGAUUUAACUCCCCUGGCUCACAUAGGCACUCUACAGUUUGACUCUGGAUCCAAGGACAUCUAAGAAGACCGGACCGGACUGUUCAGUCUGGUCUUCGUACCCGUUGGAUUCUCUCUCAUUGUGCUCCACUCACCAUCUGAUAGGGAUUCAAUCCUGUUCCCGUACUUGGUUGAUCAUGUAGGAGGGUUUGUUUGUAUUAUUUUGAGUUGCUUAUAUUACAGGCCCCUUAAAUCCCUGGGGCAACCAGUGAAGAAAUUCAAAUAUCUAUGUGUAGCAUGAAAGGUACCACAGCCACCAGAAAUCCAUGAAGAACUCGAAUAUUUCAGCAGUAUUGUGUUUCAUUAUUUGUCAGUGUUAGUCCAGCGUAGACCUUCCCAUGUGCACUGAUGUGAACAGAAAGAUAAAAUGAGGCGAAGAUCAUUUCAUCACAUUGCAUUUUUCUGUUGAGAAAACAUGAUUUAACUAAGAAAAGCUGUCAAUUAUGAAUUAUAAUUUUUUUAAAUGAUCACAAACGAAGGGAAAAUUAAAAAAAAAAACAGCAUCGUAUAAAUAAACAUAUCAGUCAGCGACACAAUCAUGAAGACUUGUACCUCUAACCAUCUGUAAUACAGUAUCAUAUUAGUAAUACUUUAUUAUAAUAAUAUGAAAUGCACUCCAUUUAUGUUAUGAAGGCAAGAUUUUUUUAACGACUGUGGACUACCGAGCCAAACCUGCGUACCACGCUUUGUGCAGGAUUUCUCAAAAGCCUCAGUGUGUCAUUCCAGCCUCAUUGUCCCUGUACUGUGCUUCAUGAACCACACCACUGUGGGGCCGGGGCCCCGUCCCAAUCCUUAUAAUCGGCCCUCCGUCGUCUCCUUUUGCCUCAAGGCCAUCAAGCUAAAGGAACUUUAGUAGGUGGAAGCUAUGUGGUUGGAUUACAUCCAGAAAAUGGCAAAGCAAGGGGGGGAUUGAAUUGUGCUAUCUGAGACCAUGGGAGUCUAAGUAAAUUGAAAUGUUUGCUCACAUGGAGGAAGGUGUGAGCCGGUGAGAUUUGGGGAAAUAGCAGAGUGUGUAUAGUGUGAACAGAGACCCAGUUGUAUGGGGCAGAGUGCCUUACUGGCAGGAAUGGAUACAGCAUGAAAUGUGUUUUCCAAGACAACUCAUAGUCCUUACGUGGACUAUAUUGGAGAUUUAGCUUUUUUUUUUUUUACAUUAAAACAUGCAGCUGUCAGAGUUUUUGGGAAUGUCUCUGAAAAUACAGUCUGCGUGUGCUUGGUACUGUAGGAAAAGCACUACAGCUUUGACCGAUUGGUUAGUUCUACAUUUCUGUUAUAUCAUUCACACCAUACAGAUUUUUUUAAAUCACAUUUUUGUUGAAGCAUGAGACAUUUAGCACAUCAUGAUAUAAUACCAGGCAAGAGAAUCAGUCAAGACAUUUGCAUCUAUCGUGCACAGCCUAGAUAAUAACCAGCAUCAUUAAAAGAAAUUCCAGCAUAAUUAAAAAUCAUAACGAAGCAUUUAUGUGAGUAGUAAGGCCAAGAAUUGUCAUAUUUCCCCCUACUGAGAAAAGAAUGCAAAAUCUGUUUCCCUGAAACUCAUUUAUAAUGAAAGUCUAAGGGAAGUAAUUGAAUUCUCUCAGUAAACUUGUGAAUUAUGUUACGGUCCAUGGUGGUUCAUCAGGUAGUGUUCUUGCUUCUCCAGUUCCUCCUACCUCCCAAAAAACAUUCAAAAUUAUGCCUAUGUGUGUUCUGGAUCUGGAUCUGCCACGACUCUGACCAGGAUAAACAAUGACUGAAGAUAAAUGAAUGUCUGUUUAGUUCAAAACUACAAAUCAACCUUCAAUACAACCUUCCCAAAUGUUUUGCGAUAUCUGUAUGCAGUCCGGUGGAAAGUCAGACACUUCCAUGUUUCUUGUCUUUGAAACUGGUCCCAUCUCUGAUAGAACAAAUUCUACAGAUAGCUAAGUUUACAAAUCAUUCCAAGAAUUUGUUAAAGCAUUCUACAAAAAUGUGUUUUAUAUUAACAUUUAUUGAGUGCCCUGACAACUGGCCUUGGAUGUCCAUCAUAAACUCAUUUUUAAUCAAAUAAUCUCUUCUGGGCUACCUUUUUGUUCUCCAUAUCAUCCAGAGAUCUUAAGUUCGAAGCCAGAUGAUGCCACGGGCCACGAGUCAUCCAUGGCCAGGAGUCCAAAAAUUGGCCAUGCUCUAUGGGUGGGAGGGAUUCCCACUCUCUCCCCUGUCAAUCACAGCGACACUAGCCAAUCCUGAUCGUCUAUGAGCUCAUGUAUGCAGAAGAGGGUAGACAGCACUUUCUUCUGAGUGUGUUACGCUGCUCUGUGACACUACUUGAUCAGCUAUUUGAAAAAGUGCGGAUUGCUUGCUUCACUUGUCUCAAAGGAAGCGCGUGUUAGCCUUCACCCUCCCUGGUUGAUAGCUGUUUUAUUAUAGAGGAGAGCUGGCUGGUGGGUGGGAAUUGGCCAAGACGAAUAUAGCGAGAAUAUUUCUCAGUGCAGGGAAAAGUGUCAGAAUCCUUGUCUGUGGUAAUAACGUCAUACAGAUUCAGUAGAAAGAGAAUUUGGAAAAAGAAAAUAGAGUAUUACUUCAAAAUGGUUUUAAAAAUUUGUGUUACAAGGGUACUGGCCACAUUAUAAGUACAUUUCUUGCUAGAGAAAUGCUAGAUUCUCCCAGCCUGCCUUACUGGAGCGCAUGAGUCAGUAUAACUUGUGAAGCUAAUUCUACAUUUUUAACUCAACCUGCAUAUUUUUCACUGGUACCUGCCUGAGGUAGUAACAUUUCGUCUAAUAACAUCUUUUAGUCUUUAGCUUAAAAGCAAGCAUGACUGAUUGGAUCACUACAUUGUUUGUGAGACUGGAAGCUCGGCUACUUUCCGUGUAAGGAGUAAUUUGUGCCAUAAAAUGAUUCUGUAAGGCAAACAUUUCUCUCUGCUUUGCCUUCAUGUGCAGUAUGUUCAUAUGAAACUACAGCGGGCCUCCGCUACUCUCCAGCCCACACACAGCCUGAUAACUGUGCCAAUAGAAGACGAUACUCGAGUACAUGGAAUGUAACUAAAAAAUACGAAGCAGUAUGGAACCAUUUAUAUCUGAGACCAAUACCGAAGCUGCGUUCAAUUCAGUCACAUAUCAGAGACCUAAAUCUUGGGGGAAAUGUGAAAAAAACAUAAUGUGCCACAGUGAAGAUGAAAGUGUUGAUCAGGCCCUGAUAGUUUUGUACCUGCGACAUGCAUUUGUACCAGUUACUGAUUCACCGAGUGGUUGAAGUGUGUUAGAUUUAAUUGCUGUUUACAUGUGGAGAUGUAGGAAGAGAAAGACAGAGCAUCUAUUGCACAGCUCAAGCUUUUCCUGAUGAAGCUGUAUCCUGCCUGCUGUGGGAAAAAAAAAACAAAAAGAAAAAUUUUAUAUUACUGAGGAAAAUAUUGAAUCUGUGAAAGAUGGCACAUUCAAGGGCCCCAUUUCAGAUCGAUAUUACUGUGUAGUGUUAGAUGUGUAUUUACCUUGUACAGCUGUACUCCUAUAAAUAUGGUUUAAUGUAUUAUUGAUAGUUUCAAAGACUUAAGUGAUCAAAUAUUUUUAUGAAAUGCAACAGUGCGGAUAUAUUAAAUUUUGCUAAACUCUUGUUUACCUGUAUGAUAUUCUGAAAUACUGUCAAAUAAACUCUUGACAUGGUGUAAAGUA